AUGCUCGUUCUCAUCGCAGUCCUCUGGCCUCAUACCGGCCGCGGCCAUUCUCUACCCCUUCGUAUUCAGGAGAGCAUAUCCACCGUCUUCCGGGAUGAGACCUCCACCUACUCGGAGCUGACCCGCCGGUGGGAGGCGGCCAUCGCAGGCCUCAAGAACACCGAGUUGGAGCACGCCAUCGGCAACCUGACGCAAGACGACUACGCGAUUUGCGUGAACAGUACAUGCUCGAGUGCCGAACAUCAUGAAGGCCAUGGACGGUCCUCUUCGCCACGGGGACACAUCCGGUUGCCGCGCAAGAGGCAGUACAAGUCCGUGAAGUCACGGGCAAGAUCAUCAAUGGCACGGCCAAGUCGCUUCCGCCAUUCGGACUUACGGUUACACUCCACCGUUCAAACGGCGAGCACCUACGAAGAGUCGACUACCACCACUGAUACCGAGGGCAACUUCCGCUUCGAGAACGUCCCCCUCGAUCCCGAGGCCCUCUACGGAGUGACAAUACGCUACCAAGGGGUCGUGUACGGGACCGACAUCGACCUUCGCCCUGAGUCACCGACACCUGUCACGGUGACCAUCUACGAGACUUCCGACGACCAGUCUCUCCUCUCCGUGUCGAGUUCCUCGCUGCUCAUCCCCCAGGUCGAUAGGGGAUUCGCCGUCCCGGCCAACAUCCCGCCCGGCGAGCACGAGGUCAUGUUCGCCUACCACUUCGGCUACGACGGAGAGUCCGUCGCGUACGACAAGUCCUAUCUGUACGGCGCGGAAAAGGUCAGGAUCCUCGUGCCUACGAGAUCGGCGACCUGUCGAGCGCCGAUUUCGGAGCUCCCGGCGACGUGCAAGAUCGCGACAGCACUACCCAGUCUCAUCGAGUAA